GGAUCAGCUCCUUCGGAAACCGAGCCCACCGUCAUCUAUAGUAGCAUUCCACCAGAUGUCAAUAUGGACUCGAUGUCACGGGCCACCAAGUCCAGUAUAGUUGGUGAAAUGCUAAGGAUAACGAAGGGUCCAGGCGGAAAGCUGAGAAUUUUCGCUUGUGAACCGACGGACGAGAGUUCACUUCCAUCGGUAUAUGAUCGAGGGCAAAACUCGUCGUGCGUUGUUUGCCAUCGCACGAUUGAGGAUCGGGAAAUGUUUUUGAACUUUCCUGAUGAUCUAGAUAGAAGACGCUUAUGGGGAAAUAUGCUUGGCUUCAAAUAUUCGGAUAUGCUUCGUUUACGUGAUGGAUCUGUCAUGCUGAGCACUGGUGAUAUAUGCACUGAUCAUUUUUCUGAAGAAUGCUUUAGGUAA